ACGGGACACAAAUAUACCAGCGAGCAAUCCUGCCGACUCUGAUCGGGUACCGCGGAACGUCCACAAGUCCACCCUUUCCUUUCGAUAAAUCAAGGAUGCAAUAGCUAGGACAAUGGACGCCGCGUACACUGCUGGAACGUCGAAGCCUCGACAACGACUCAGGUAUUCUGCCCGGCCGUUUCUGCUCACACUGGCCGUAAUCUUUCUCCUGGUCGCGGCAUCAUGGAUUCGACCAGGAAAGGGAAUAAAGCCGUUACCGGCCGGCCAUUUCCCGUCCAAGCGGGAAGUCGUGAUGGUGCAGGACGAAGAGUGUCGCCUCGUCCACCAUGCGACCGACAAAUGCGCCUUUAUCAAAGCCAAUUGCCCUGACGAAGAAGCCGGUAUCUUCUCCUAUCUUGACCUCUACUACUGUCGGCUUCCGCAUGCUCAGCCGUUCGCGUUCAUGCUCCUGGUGUUAUGGCUUGCAUUGUUAUUCAGCACUAUUGGUAUCGCAGCGAGCGAUUUUUUCUGCGUCAACCUGAGCACCAUCGCCAAUCUCCUGGGAAUGAGCGAGAGUAUGGCAGGAGUCACCUUUCUGGCUUUUGGAAACGGAAGUCCGGACGUCUUCUCCACCUUUGCGGCAAUGAGCACGAACUCGGCCAGUCUUGCCAUUGGGGAGCUGAUCGGAGCGGCCGGCUUCAUCACCGCUGUCGUCGCAGGCUCAAUGGGGCUGGUCCGCCCAUUCAAAGUCGCUCGAAAGAGCUUUGUACGGGACGUCAGCUUCUUCAUUGUUGCUUCUGCCUUCAGCAUGGGAUUCAUUGCCGAUGGCAAGCUGUCCUUGUGGGAGUCUGCGACCAUGGUCGUGUUCUACAUCUUCUACGUCUGCUUCGUGGUGGCAUGGCACUGGUGGCUGGGGCGGCAGAAUGCUCGUCGACGACGUGCCGCGGCUAUUAGAAGCCAUUACAUCACGCCCGGCGGAGAAGAGGAGGAAAUCCCCCAAGAAUAUCAUGACGAUGAGGAUGGAACCACGGCUGGGGGCGCUCGUUCCCCCAUGGGUAAUGUGUCGGUGGAUGAUUUUACAGCCCUCGAACGGGCUGGCGACGAAGGGGGAUUGGAAGAGGACGACAAUGAGGAAGUGCGGGAAAGGUGGCUUGGUGAAUUGAGCAGCAACAUGCGCCUCCAGAGGCCUGGCCUUGGAGCACGUCGGAACACGCAUAACCCAAUUCGACCUAGUCUUGUGGGUGCACUGGAAUUCAGAGCAGUCUUGACAUCUCUGCAGAAAUCCAGAAACAUACAGUCCAUGCCCAUCAAUCUGCGGCGCUAUUCGGAUGAUCCGAAUUAUACAUUGGCCCAGCAACAGCACGUCAUAUCUGGUUCCGAAGGCCCAGUCUCUCGACCUGCUUAUGACUUCCGUCAGAACUCGGAAUCAUCGCCGCACCUCUCUCGCCUUGCAGCUGACGCGCAUGCCGGCAACAGGCCGCGAGCUGUCUCUACUAAUGACAUGGAGAACACCCGUCUGGACCCAGGCGCACUCUUUUCGGGACCGGUUCCAAGCAUCAGCCUGGGGCCUGCCUCUCCCGAAGAUGAAGGUCAGAGCCAGCCUCGCGGCCAUGCACCUCCAUCUCCGACAAUCUCACUAUCACCGCCUCCUUCUGAACAUCCGUCCCGAUCGACCAGCCCUGCACCAUCAAGCUUGAGACAGCCGUUCCCUGACAGACUGGCUCCACCGAGUCUCGACGGACAAGGGCUGCAAUCUCUCAGCCGUGGGACUACACUCAGUCCCCUCUCUUCACCUGCCCUUGAAGCUUCGGCUGAGCGAAUCGGUCGGCCUCGCCCCAGGCCCACUGUCCCCGGGGCAUCGUCGCCGCCUGCUCCCUUCCCAGCAUAUGUGGACCAAUCAUCCUCCGCUCAUAGCUCGGGACCGCCGAGCCUCAGGCUACCGUCGCCCAGUGCCUCCCCUGAAUCGCUCUUCCCAAGGGAUCACUACUUGGAUACGGGAGACCAAUCUCGGGCGCCUAGGUGGUGGCCCGGGAGGGUGCUUCCUCCACCCAACAUUUUCCUGGGCACACUCUUCCCUACCUUGUACAACUGGAGUGGCAAAACUGCAUGGGAAAAACUACUGGGUAUCGUCGCAGCACCUAGUGUGUUCAUACUCACGGUGACUCUGCCCGUAGUCGAAUCUCAGAAGGACGACACAGACGACGUUAACCUCGUCUCCCCGACGCUGAGUCUCCCCGCUGCGCUUACGCCGAAGAGAGGUAGCCUGGAUUCUCAUAAGAGGGGGAGGCUGGCGGCAUUGUCAUUAGACAGUCCUCAAGACAUAGACGCAAGGGCCGUUAAGAGCGGCAGCACUGUCCACACGACAGGGGACGGGUCACCGGAAAUCCGUGUCCUCGUCCCUACGAUCACAAAUGAUGACCGCGUGGCCAUGUCUCCCGAACAGCUACCGGUUGGACUCACUCCGUCUGAGCCCAAGCCGUGGAACCGCUGGCUGGUCAUCGUACAGGUAUUCACGGCGCCGUUCUUCAUUGUCCUUAUUGUUUGGGCCAAUACGGAGCUUGACAACCCGCGGGCUCUCGUCAAGCCUACGCUCUACUCGAUGCUGGUCUCGUUGGUGGUGCUGGCACUCAUCGUGGGCACGACGAGUCCGACGCGGCCUCCACGAUGGCGGACCAUGCUGUGCUUCAUGGGGUUUGCGGUCAGCAUUGCUUGGAUCAGCACCAUUGCCAACGAGGUGGUUGGGGUGCUGAAGACGCUCGGGGUGAUACUGGACAUGAGCGAUGCUAUUCUUGGUCUGACGAUAUUCGCUGUGGGGAACUCGCUGGGAGACCUCGUGGCAGACAUCACCGUGGCACGGCUGGGAUUUCCCGUGAUGGCACUUUCGGCGUGUUUUGGAGGCCCGAUGCUUAACAUACUACUCGGGAUUGGCAUCAGCGGUUGCUACAUGACGGUCCAGGGCAGCAACAAGCGCCACCACCGCCAUCCCGAACGGCCGAUCCAGUUCAAGCCUUACCACAUCGACGUCAGCACCACGUUGAUCAUCUCCGGGGCCACGCUCCUGGUGACGUUGGUUGGGCUGCUGGUGGCGGUGCCUGCGAGAGGCUGGCGGAUGGACAGGGUGAUUGGAUGGGGAUUGCUAGCACUCUGGAGCGCCAGCACUUUGACCAAUGUCAUUGUCGAGGUAGCAGGACUCAGCAGCAAGGUGAGCUGAGAGGUAUCGAGUUGCAAGCAGUUCUGUUGCUUGGACUUGUGGAAGAAGGCCCGGCAAGGCAGUUGGUCGGUCGGUUCUACAUGUGGAGCUGGCCAGCGUCCCUUUCUGGACAAGCCUUUUGUUUGCAGCGAUGGACCCGUCUUUCUUCGAAUACCCCGGAGGUCCACAGUCGAUACAAGCUCACAAGGAAAAGGAAGAUGGCUGGUAAGGGGGCUGCCCAACGCACCUAGGCGGGCGCAAGAGGGCACCCGACGGAGGCCAGGACAGGAACUGGUCGACGACCACGUGUCGGCCGGGACAUGAGGAUUGUGAGCUUGGGCGGCAGAUUGGGCUGCAGAUGGGCGCUUUGAGACCUUGAAAAGUGAGGUG